GCUAAUUGUGGUCAUUAUGAUAAUUCAGUGCCUUGUCUGUUGUCUUUUUUCAUGCAUGAUGAUGAUGAGGAGGAGGAGGAUGAGCUUGUAACUUAUUAUCAUGGCUGUAUUUCCAGAUUCUUGCCUGGGAGGUGACACGUGUAAUGGCUGGCGUCAAUCAUUCUAUGCUUUACCAGCUGCCUCGUCAACGGUUGAAGUGCAACAGACUAACAAGGACGCAGUAGCUCCUGCUCAGCAGGAUAAAGCACCGCCAUUGGAGGACAGAGUGCCACCAGGGCCACGUACACCAGCAGCAGGGGACCUAGUACCGCCAUCAGCACCAGCAGGGGAUGAACUGCCACCACCACGAGCUGCAGGGAGUCAAGAGCCACCACAGUCGCCACCAGUGGGGUCCUACAGGGAACCACCCCCGCCGGCUGUGGGGAAUGACGAGGGACCACCCGAACCACAAGUGACGGAUGAAGAGGAACCUGGAGAGCCACCACCGCCCUCACCUCUUGAGGAUGUACAGCCAGGUCCGGAGAACAUAGACGAGUCCAAUGAUGAAGUCGUGUUCUGGCCCUGGUGUCGAGGCAAUGGCAGUUGUGCAGAGUCAUACAUCUGCAGCAGUAUUGAUGUUCGUUCUAUAGACUUUGACGACCAGAAUACUUGCACCAGGCAGUGUAAAUGCAAACGAGCGGAAAUCACAUGCUCCAAUUGCCUUGGAAAGUGCACACUCAUCUGUGAUGCAAUGGAGCGGUUUGGCGCACUGGAGGGUCGUGCCAUAGCAAUGGGAAGAACUUGCAGCAGAGAUUCGGAUUGCCUCGACACUGAGAGUUGCUUGAGCGUCACAGAUUGCUGGGUGCCGGUUUGUGACAAAUUCUAUGGCAAUUUCUCUGCAAUAUCAUGUCGGGGUGUUUGCCGUCCGAACUACCCCUUCAUGCAAAGAGCACAGAUUUGGAGGGGCACGAGCUCAAGAGCGGUGGAACAUUACCUGAAGACGCAGAAGCCGUGUCCAUCGCGCACAGGGGAAAUGGUGAAUGAGCUCGUCAAGUCCGGGGGGAAAGUGCUGCCGGGUGAUAAGAGUACGCGGUACUUGCUGAAGAAUUACAGGCAGUUGCACGGGAUUCAGGAAGGGGGGGUCGAUCAAACGGAGAAGGCCGACGAGGUGGUUGAAGUUCCCGCAUACCUUGAGCCACAGCCACUGCCCAUUGCGGGCAGGGCUGCUCCAUCAUGUGAUGCAGGGGAUUUGCACAAGGAGAACGCUUUGGAGGCGGCGGGGGGUGAGGCGGCGGGGUCGAACACACGGCUGUCCUCACUACAUCAGUCAACAAUAAGGAGGUGGGUGGACAACGAUGCGCAGAAGAAACUGGACAUCGCAUGGGUGGAGGCCAUGUUUCGUGUUGGGAUCCCAUUCAACUUCCUGAACUUCGAUACCACCCAGAAACUCCACGAAGUGUACCUGCAAGUGGCAAAGUCUAGACUGCAGGUGAAACUGCCCUCCUUCAACCAUAUGAGGACCGUCAUGUUGGACAUUGUGUACAUGCGAGUGCAGAAGACGGUGGAGCCGUUGACGACUUGUUGGGAUGUCAGCGGGUGUACUUUCAUCACAGACGGAUCGAGUGGUCGUCGGGAGCGGCCCGUGAUAAACUUCUUGGCAGCUGGGGUGGAUGGGGCGGUUUUGGUGGCGACGGUGUCAAUGUCCGGGAGGAAGAAGAUCGGAACUGCAUUGGCGAAACUUUGGGAGCAGAUCAUGAGGGAAAUCGGACUGCGUCGAAUCAAUGCGAUCUGCACUGACAACGCGGUGGUCAACAACAGGGCGGCUCAGAUCCUGGAGCGACGAACGGACAAGGAGGUAGCAAGGAUUCUGAGGGCGGUGUUGAAGGACAUGGUCAACCGUCGGAAUGCGGUAAAGUGGAAUGCGAUCCGAUGGUCCACGUCGAAGUUGAGGGCCAGAUCGGAUCUGGUGUUCUUCACAUUGAGGAGUGAGGAGUGGUGGGCGGGGUUGGACAAGGUGGUUGAUGUGAUGCAGCCCGUGUUCGGCCUCUUGAGGCGGAUGGAUCAGGACGAUACCGGUCCCACAAACCUUGUCGAGUAUGACGAUAUGAUAGAAAGGAAGCUUAGCCAUGUCGUUGUUACGGUGGAGCAGCGGGCGAGCGUGAUGGAGAAAGUCAAAGAUCGCAUGAAGAUGAUGCGGCAGCCCGCCCACGCAGCAGCCUUUCUUUUGGACCCGCGCAGGAGAGAACCGAGGUGGUUGCAUGACCAAGACAGUGCGCUUGUGCAGAACACCAUGCACUUUCUCUCGAGGCAGGUUGGAGGUGAAUGGAAAGGGCAAGCGCACCUUGACAUUUGGAGUGACCCGAAUGAGUUCCACACCAAACCUACAAGGAACGGCCCGAAAAGGAAUGACACGAAGAUGUGGGACCCCACAGCGAAGGCGGAUGUUGACAAGAAGACACYGUCAGAAUGGUGGGCAGCACACGGUGGCGACGUGCCCGAAUUGCAGAAGGUUGCGAUCAAGGUYAUGGGCAUGUGGAGCACCGCGUCACCGRCUGAGAGRAAYUGGGCUUCCAUGGACUUCAUCCAUUCCAAACGRAGGAACAAGUUGUCRCCAGAAAGCUUGGCGAAGYUAGUGUACRUACACUGGAACAUGCAGCUACUGCGUGUUCCGGAGACUAACAACAACGGAUUUGUGGACUUGUGGUGUGACUUCGUCGAGCCCGCCCCGGAGCCUGAAGAKAACGAUGGWUCGGUGUCGAAGGGGCCCGAGGUUGAGGCUGAGAAGACUGAGGAGGAGCUUGUGCGGGAACGGAGGCUCACAAAGACUCCGAAGGGAAGGGUUCCAAAAUAUCUCGAGGACAAGGACGAAGAGCUCACGGAUGACAGUGAUUUGGAUGACGAGUUGUGGAAGGGGAAGUGCGGAUUGUCGGAGAACUCGAGUGGCAGCGAAGAGGAUGACGACGAUGACUCCGAUUUCGAGCUACGACCGGAGCCGUCUGUCACCGGCACGACAUACGUCAGAAGGAGGCGGACCGGACGACAACGCAGAGAAGAGCCACGCCCGGCAGCGACGGAGCCCGGGGUAAGGGAAACUGCACUGUACAAUCCGCAAUCUGAUGUCGAGUUCGCACGGCUAGACACGGAUGUCGAGACGUUGCUGGAAACGAGAGUGGACGAAGAUGAGGAGGGUGCGAACCGUGCCAAGGCUAUGGCUGACCGGGAGACCGAACUCAUCAAUCAGGCAUUGGAGGUUGAGGAAGAAGGAGAAGAGGAGGAGGAGGAGAACCAGGCUGAGGUGGGAGAUUACAUGGAACAGGAAGAAGAGGCGGAGGGCAUGGUGCAACCACAAGAGGGAGAGGAGAUGGAGCACCAAGAAGAAGAGGAAGGCACGAUGCAAGGCGGGGAGGAAGAGGAAAUGCAGCAGGAAGAGGAGGGGGAAGGAUUGGCGCAGCAGAAGAUGCAGCACGGCGAGGUCGAUACAGCCCGUGAAGAUGAGCCCCAUCCCACAGCGACAGCAGUGUACACACGCAGGCCCCGGCCAGCGGAGUUUCCUGAGUCCGAGGAGAAGAUACCGGAAUUCCCCACAAUGAGGGAGGAUGUCAGCAUGACAACCUGUGGGUUCCCCUGGGGCGCCCUCUACUGCGGGGCUGGUCUAGUUGACGCUCCCACCGGUAAAAAGUUUACUGGCAGCGCUGACAGGAUCUUGGUAACGUUGAAUGCCCCAACUCCAGCUAUUGUAAGACCUUGCUAUGAGUUGUUUGAGGAUUCCACUACCCGCAGCCUAGGUGCAGGGGCAAUAUGCACUGUGGAUGAGUCAAACCAAGCCCUUCUCGUCAUCAAGCUAGGAGCAAGAGCAACAAUUCAGGAGUUUGAUGAUGUUGCCCUUAAGGAGGGCAGCUUGCCAGUCUAUUUACAUCCACUUUCUCCCAGUGCUUUGCAAUUCGAUUCGACAACUGUGAAUGUGGAGGCACCAGACGCAGACGAAGAAUAUUCCAACAACAAUCAGCCAACAACAAUUGUGUCAGGUUUCACAGAGUUGGGUCGUACCUGCCUCAACAUUUCUCCUGCUGGAAUGGUGGAAAUUGAUGGGUAAGCCUCUCUUUCUGUGUUUCCCUUUGCUCCUUCAGCUUUGUCAUUUCUUUGAAAUUUGUUUAAAAAAAGGGUUYCCCCCAACCCUACGGAUGCAGAUGCACCCGCCACGGCUAUGCUCCCGGCACAGUGUCAACGAAGAGAAACCAAACAGGCGAAGUGUAAGGAGAUAAUUCAAUGAUCAGGCACUAUAAUAUUGCUAGAAGAG